AUGUCUCCUUAUGAAUCUAGAGUUAAUCCGGAUGCCAGUGGUGAAAAUUUCUGUACAAAAGUAUUAACAUUAAAUCAAUUGGACCAUUUACCACAAGUGCUAUCAAUAUCUUAUGGUGAUUCGGAAAUCUGUCUAUGCAAAGGUUUCACUGGCGAUUGUAAUACAACAUUUAAUUCCAAUGCGAUUUAUACACGACGUACAAACAUUGAAUUUAUGAAAUUAUUCAUGAGAGGAAUUAGUAUUCUGACAUCUUUCAGUGCCACAGCUUGUCCCUAUUUGACAACCGUCGGUGCUACAGAAUUAAUUGAUAUUGAAUAUAAUCGUGGCUUUCCUGAUAUUUCUGCAUUUGGUGCUUCGGGCUUUUUUGUAAUCAAUGAAACUUAUCAAAUUUUUGGUAGUACAAGUAUGUCAGCACCAUUGUGGAAUGGUAUUGCUACAAUUUUAAAUUCAUAUUCAUUAAAACAAACAAAACACUGA